GGGAGAGAGAGAGAGAGAGAGAGAGAGAGAGAGAUGGAGGGAAUGUGAGCGUAUAAACACACAGACACACAGAGAUGUUCUACAGUCCCACAGAGACUCACUGCUCCGUCUCACACACUCACACUGUUUUCCGAUCUGUUGCUCCCAUCACACCUCCAUCUCUAUCUCUCUCUCUCUCCGUGUCCCUCUCUCUCUCUCUCUCUCUCUCUCUCUCUCUCUCUCUCUCUCUCUCUCUCUCUCUCUCUUUCUCUCUCUUAUACACACAUACACUGCUGAUUCUCUCUCGCUUGUUCUUUCACACACACACACACACACACUCACACACACACACACACACACACACACACACACACACACACACACACAUACAAGACAAGGAGGUCAUGGACACCGCAGGUAGACGUGGGACAGAAGGUGAUCUGUUGGACAUGGAUGGGACAUGUGAAGAAGAUCACAUACUCAGGAGUCACAGUGAAGAGGCUAUUGUUGACUACGGCAAGACCCGAUCAGUAUUACAUGUGGAUGUUGAGGACGAAGAACUAGAAAGUCACAGAGCUGUGUAUGUGGGGGUUCAUGUCCCUCUUGGGAAGGAGAACAGACACAGGCGUAGACACCGAGGACACAGACACCACCGCAGGAGAACCAGAGAUAGAGAAUCGGACCAGGACGCAGGGGAGAGAGAAUCUCUUACACAAGACACCCCAUCUCAGCGUGUGCAGUGUAUUCUGGGUACUGAGGACGGUGACGUGGAGCACAUUCCUCAUGAGCUCUUCACUGAGCUGGAUGAACUCUCCAUUCGACAUGGCAACACCGAGUGGAGAGAGACUGCCAGAUGGCUGAAGUUUGAGGAGGAUGUUGAGGAUGGAGGUGAAAGGUGGAGUAAACCUUAUGUAGCCACACUGUCUCUGCACAGUCUGUUCGAGCUGCGCAGCUGCAUCCUCAACGGCACCGUGCUGCUCGACAUGAAGGCUGACUCCAUCGAGGACAUUGCAGACAUGGUGAUAGACAGCAUGGUGGCUUCGGGGCAACUGGAUGAGUCAUUAAGGCAGAAGGUGCGAGAGGCCGUGCUGAAACGGCAUCACCACCAGAGCGAGAGGAAGCUAAGUAACCGCUUCCCGCUGGCCGUGCGCUCGCUCGCAGAUAUAGGCAAGAAACACUCCGAGCCGCUGUUACUGGAACGCAGCGGUGACGGUUUGUCCGCAUCCCGUAAUUCUCUUCUGAAACUGGGUGGCUCCAUUUCCAACCUGUCCCAGAGGAGCGACUCGAGAGUCUCCAUGCUGCUGAACCAUCUCCUCCCUGGCACAGCACACAACCCCGUCCCCACCCCUCAGAGCACCCCGCCAUCUUCUCGACACGUUGACUCGACUGACAGAGCCCCACAGGUCCAUCUGGAAAUCCCAGAAGUUGUGGUGUCUCCACCAGAAGAGGACGAGGAGUCAGAGGAAGACAUUUUGGAUGUCAAAUCAGCUGAAGACAAGUAUUUGUGUACAUUGGAAUCGUCUUCUCUCACUGGCUCUUUGGAUGCAGGCAGGUUGAGUGAACACAAAUCAGCUAAGUCAGGCAACAGCAAAGAGGGCAGCACUGUAGAUCUUAGCAAGGUGGACAUGAACUUCAUGAAGAAGAUUCCUCCAGGUGCCGAGGCCUCAAACGUGCUGGUAGGUGAAGUGGAUUUCCUGGAUAAGCCGAUCAUAGCGUUUGUUCGUCUCUCGCCUGCUGUGCUGCUCACGGGACUCACGGAAGUGCCUGUGCCAACCAGGUUCCUGUUCCUACUACUAGGGCCAUAUGGAAAAGGUCCUCGGUAUCAUGAGAUCGGACGCUCCAUGGCCACUCUGAUGACCGAUGAGAUCUUCCACGAUGUGGCGUAUAAAGCCAGGGACAGAGUUGAUCUCCUUUCUGGCAUUGAUGAGUUUUUAGACCAGGUGACUGUUCUUCCUCCAGGAGAAUGGGACCCCACGAUACGCAUCGAGCCUCCUAAAAAUGUUCCAUCACAGAUGAAGAGGAAGAGGCCGUCACAACCUAACGGCACCGUGACCUCUACCGAGCCGAGCCACGAGGAGGACCACCAACCUGGCCCAGAGCUUCAGAGAACAGGGAGGAUUUUCGGUGGACUGGUGUGUGAUAUAAAGCGAAAAGCUCCUUUCUACUGGAGCGACAUCUUGGAUGGCUUCAGUCUGCAGUGUGUAGCUUCAGUGCUCUUCCUCUACUGCGCCUGCAUGUCUCCUGUUAUCACCUUUGGAGGACUACUAGGAGAAGCCACCAAGAAUAACAUUAGUGCUAUCGAGUCGUUGUUUGGAGCGUCUUUGACAGGCGUGGCGUUCUCCCUGUUCGCUGGUCAGCCCCUGACCAUUCUGGGCAGCACGGGACCUGUACUCGUGUUCGAGAAAAUCCUCUUCAAGUUCUGCGAGGAUUAUGGGAUGUCCUACCUGUCCCUGCGUGCCUGUAUUGGACUGUGGACAGCGUUCCUUUGUAUGUUGCUGGUGGCAACUGACUCAAGCUCACUGGUAUGUUAUAUCACACGCUUCACAGAGGAAGCAUUUGCUGCUCUCAUCUGCAUCAUCUUCAUCUACGAGGCUUUGGAGAAACUGCUGCAACUCAGAGAGACAUAUCCCAUCAACACGCACACUGACCUGGAUAACCUCACGCUGUACAGCUGUCAGUGCUCGGCUCCCGGUCAAACAUCUAAUGAUACCCUGGAGUUCUGGAACUCAACAGGACACUCUACAGAUUCAAUACCAUGGAAUCAACUCAAUGUGUCGACGUGUAAACUCCUGCAUGGCGAGUUUGUAGGUCCUGCUUGCGGACUCCACGGGCCCUUCAUCCCUGAUGUGCUGUUCUGGUGCAUCAUCCUCUUCUUCACCACAUUCUUCCUCUCUUCUCUGCUCAAGCAGUUCAAGACGGAAAGAUAUUUCCCUACCAAGGUGCGCUCCACUAUCAGUGAUUUUGCCGUGUUUUUGACUAUAAUGGUGAUGGUGCUGGUGGAUUAUUUGGUUGGGAUUCCAUCACCCAAACUCAAUGUGCCUGAUCGCUUUGAGCCCACCUCAAAGCACCGUGGCUGGCUGAUCUCUCCGCUUGGUUCUAACCCCUGGUGGAUGGUUCUGGUGUCAAUAAUUCCUGCUCUUCUCUGCACCAUACUCAUUUUCAUGGACCAGCAGAUCACUGCUGUCAUUAUCAACCGCAAAGAACACAAACUCAAGAAAGGCUGCGGUUAUCACCUGGACCUGCUGGUGGUGGCCGUGAUGUUGGGUGUGUGUUCAGUGAUGGGGCUGCCGUGGUUUGUGGCUGCAACUGUUCUCUCCAUAUCCCACGUGAACAGCCUGAAGCAGGAGUCCAGCUGCUCAGCACCGGGAGAACAGCCCAAAUUCCUGGGCAUCAGAGAGCAGCGGCUCACAGGCGUACUCAUCUUCACCCUCAUGGGCUGCUCUGUCUUCAUGACCUCCAUAUUGAAGUUCAUUCCCAUGCCUGUGUUGUAUGGAGUCUUUCUCUACAUGGGUGUUUCCUCUCUAAAAGGCAUCCAGUUCUUUGACAGGAUAAAGCUGUUCUGUAUGCCAGCGAAGCACCAGCCUGAUCUGAUCUACCUGAGGUACGUGCCGCUGUGGAAGGUUCACGUCUUCACGCUGGUGCAGCUCACGUGUCUGGUUCUGCUGUGGGUUAUCAAAGCUACGGCAGCCCGCGUCGUCUUCCCCAUGAUGGUGCUGGCCUUAGUGUUUGUGCGAAAGCUGCUGGAUAUCUGCUUCACCAAGCGAGAGCUGAGCUGGCUCGAUGACCUGAUGCCCGAGAGUAAAAAGAAGACGGAAGAUGACAAGAAGAACAAGAAAGCUAAGCAGGAAUCUGAGAUGAUGAUGGAGGACGAGGAAGAGGAAGAGGCAGAGCCAGGACUAGAAUACAUAGAAGGAAGAGGAAGAGGAAACGUGAUGAAGAUUCCACUGCAGGCUUUUUGUGAAAGGUCCUGCAGAACACCAGCUCUCUCCACUCACAGUACAGAAGAUGAGUAUGAUUCAGGAAAAGGUGGCAUGUGCUAGGCUGAACAUGGAACCAGUUCGGGAUGGAAAGGACGACUCGAACGUAGAGACGGCGCUGUAGGGCGGUUUAUUCCUUCAGUUUGGAGCCAUGCCUUAUCCACCGCUGGAGCAACGCAGCUCAUGACCAGCAACUCAAUCCAGGGGCUUGAGUCAGCGGCGCCCAAUACUGGACUGGAAGACUAAGAGAACGCAGAUGUGGAAGGAUGAGAGAGAGAGAGAGAGAGAGAGAGAGAGAGAGAGAGAGAGGGUGCAGGAACACACUCACCUGACUCUGACUGCACAGAAAAUACUGUAAUGACUCCUUUAUUCAUCCUUUAUUCACACACAGGAGACACUUUGUCAUUUUAAUUAGUAUAUUUUAUGUCCAUUUACGAUAUUUGACAUUUUCUCCAAGUAGGUGCAGUCUGACAGCAGGCUUUCAUGCCUUUAAUCACUGCCAUAAUGAGCAGACCCACGUACAGCCCCACGUACAAAAGCUUAUCGGCAAAAUCGAUCAGAUUAAAAAACAAAUUAUCGAUAGAUUUAAGCGUUAGUUACAUUAUUUAAUCUUAACCUACUCAACGAUGUAGACGAUGUCGUCAGGGAGUCACCAUCCUGCUUUUGGUUCACAUCAAACUUCAGGGAGUCAAGUCUAAAAAAAAAAAAAAGGAGUCGAUUCCCUGAUUCCAGGCAUUGAAAACCAGGAGUCAAAUCCGAGACGAUUCCACAUACCGUAAAUGAUUCACCUCAAACAAAUAGAGCAAGCAUUAUGAAUGAAACGUCGUGAUGAUGUGUGUGAUAGCGUGACAGUGACUGAACAAAGCUAGACUACAGGAAUUGAAAUACAGAUUAGUCUCAGUAAUUGAAUGUUGGUCCAUUUUUUUUACACUGAUGUUAAAAAAAAAGAAACGUUAAAAUAAAAUAAAAAAAAAUAAUGGUAUGUUACGGUAGAUCGAACCGAGUGGUCGAACCAAGUGCUGGAUAAUAUUGUCAUGCAGAUCAUCUGAUGAAUGUCAGUAAUAUUAUUUUGCAGUGAGUCAAGUAUUUAAUUAAGCCAUGUUAAUAGCUUUAUAGUAGUAUUAGCUGAUUCAAAUGCUGGAAAGAAAGAUUUAUUUUUUUUUAUUUUGUACAUGUUUAUAUCCCAAAUGACUAAUUGAAAAAUCUUAAUUAAUUAAUUGGGGGGGGGGGGGGGGGACUAAAACCAACAGAUUAUUAAAACAAACUUUAGCAGCCUGAAUUUUCCCACCAUCACAAUAUAGAAGAAAAAAUACCCCCCAAAAACAGAAGCACAACUGUACUUUAUUCCCUAUUUAUAGCCAUCCUAUAAAAAAUCCUUUAAAUAAAUCAAAGAAAUAUUUUUAUUUAUUGUACAUCAUAUUGUGUGUGUAUAUAAAAUAAUAUAUAUUUAAAAAAAAAAGUAGAUGAUUCUAGAUGAUUCACCAUCAAGCAAUAGCAUUACAAAAUGCAUUUAUUUAACAAUUCUUUAAAUAAAUACAUUUUUGAGCAAGUUCUCACCAGUUAACUAAAACGAUUCAUAUUUAAAUCAAGUUCCGUGUGAAGCAUGAAGGAGCCACAGGAAGGAGGUGCUCAGAAGUAUCUGACUGAUUUGUUUAGAUUUGCCGCUAUUUCAAGUGAGACGUCCUUUAAAGGUUCCGGGUUACUAUUCAGGAUUUAAUGGUGUGCCUUGGAGAUGUGCUGAGGCUUAGAGGAAACAGAGAAGGCCAGCAAUAUGACACAGUAAUAAUCUUCCCCGGGUUAUACAUAGUAUAUAGUGUAGUGUUACUCCAAAGAUUAUGUAGAAGUAAUAACCAUGUGUGUUCUUCAGGGUUUGUCAUGUCUCAAAAAGCCAUGCAACAUUAUCAGUGAAUUGUAGUGUGUGUGUGUGUGUACUGUGUGUGUGUGAGUGUCACAUAAUACCACGUUCUUUCCCGUAUACUCGUUCCUUCAGUGUGCACACGUGUUUUACCAUCGUGUCCUUAAAGAUUGUGUGUUUGUUACUGUAAACCACAUCAUACACUAGUGUGUAGCAUCACACACACACACACACACACACACCGGUAAUGCAGCCUGGUGAGUACAGAAGAAAAUGUGUGUUGUACUACAAGUAUCUGUGCAAUAAUACAGUUAAAAAUAAAAAAAUAAAAGAAAGAAAGAAAAAAGUAGAACUGUAUUUUGUAUAGUCUGGUUUUUAUUUGUCACACACAGGUGAUGAAUUUUGAUUGAAAAAUCAUUAACUCUUUGUUUUUGUGUAGAAUUCACAAAGAUUUUUGAAAUUUAAUUUUGGUUAAAAUUGUCAUAAUAAAUAUCGUACAAUCGAUCGA